AUGGCCACCUCCGCUCAAGACUUUUCGAACGGCGUGGCAACAAAUAAGGAACACGAAGCCCCUAAUGGCGAAUACGUCGAGAAGCUUGACCCAGCACCCACUCAUGGAACAUACUUUGGCGACGCAAAAGGUCUUUCCAACGAGCACCGACAAUACCUCCUCGGCCGUCAUGGAACAUAUGAUCUGGAUCCAAUUCCCGACAUGGGAGAAGCUGAUCCAUACAAUUGGCCACAAUGGAAGGCAAUAACGAAUCUUACUCUUGUCGCAAUCCACGCAUGCAUGUCAACUUUCACAGCAGCAGCCAUUAUCCCCGCAUACGAAACCAUUGCCAUCGACCUCGGUGUCUCCCUCCAGCGAGUAACAUACCUCACCUCCCUCCAAAUUUGCAUCUUAGGUGUGGCUCCCUUGAUCUGGAAGCCUUUCUCCAACACCUACGGCCGACGUCCUCUCUUCCUCCUUUCGCUGAUCUGCUCGUUGGUAGGCAACAUUGGCUGUGCCAAAAGCCCUUCUUAUGCAACGAUGGCAUUGUGUAGAGCUAUUGUGGCGUUCUUUAUUUCUCCUGCGGCGGCAAUUGGAAGUGCGGUUGUGACCGAGACAUUCUUCAAGAAGGAGAGAGCCAGGUAUAUGGGAAUUUGGACGUUGAUGGUUACGUUGGGUGUUCCACUCAGCCCAUUCAUCUUUGGCUUUGUGGCGUAUCAUGUUGGGUAUCGAUGGAUCUAUUGGAUCUUAGCUAUGAUCAACGGCGUCCAAUUCCUUCUCUACCUCUUUUUCGGCCCCGAAACUCGUUACAUCCGCCUCAACACCUCGCACCCAACCUCCGCCAUAAAGACCGAGUACUACAACUUUAGUCGCAUCGAUCCACGUCCUCUCACUUUCCGAGAUUUCGUGCACCCUCUCACUCUCGUAGCAAAACCUUGCAUCGUCAUCCCAGCCAUCGCUUACGCUAUGACCUUCCUCUUUGGCAGUGUCAUGAUAACCGUCGAACUCCCCCAACUUUUUGGCGCCAAAUUUGGCUUCAACGCCCAGCAACUCGGUCUCCAAUUCCUAGGAAUCAUUAUUGGCAGCGUAAUCGGUGAACAGCUCGGCGGUUCAUUGUCCGACUUCUGGAUGAAUUCUGCCACCAAGAAACACAACGGACGUCGUCCGGCGCCUGAGUACAGACUGUGGUUGUCGUACGCAGGUUUCAUCUUGACAAUUGUGGGCGCAGUAGUCUUCUUGGUACAGACCCAGAAUGCGGGGCUCCAUCACUGGAAUAUCUCCCCGGUGAUAGGGAUAGCGAUUGCGGGAGCCGGAAACCAGAUCGUGACUACGGUGCUAAUUACUUAUGCUGUGGAUUGCCACUUGGAGGAGAGUGCUAGUAUUGGGGUUUUCAUCACGUUCGUGAGGCAAAUUUGGGGAUUUAUUGGCCCGUUCUGGUUCCCGGAUAUGUUUGAUAAUCUGGGGCUCGCAGCGAGUGCGGGUGUCGCAACUGCUUUGAUUGUGGGAGUUAGUAUUUUGCCGAUGAUUGGGAUUCAGCUGUUUGGGAAGAGGUGCAGAGGGUCGAAGGAGGAGAGUGAGAGGAGUGUUGGGACGGGCAGUGGGACUGAUGUGGAAGGAAACUUGAGAAAAGCUUGA